UUUCACAGUCCAGUAGCUGUGCUAACAUGGGAGGGAUUUCCUGAGUUGUAUAUACAGGAGGAGGACGAUGAAACAAUCAACAGAUCAGGCAUGGAUGCUGUUUCAAAAAAAGAGGCUGAUUCCUCCUCUGUUGCACAGUGCACCACCUUUUCCUCCUCCUCCAUCACUCCCUCUCUUCCCUUCUCCUCCUCCCCAACCCCUCAGUCCUCCUUUACUCUUUCUUCCACUAGCUUUUCUUUUCCUCACAUUGAAUCAUCUGUUUCUGCUGUCCUCUCCUCUCUGCCGUCCACUUCUAAACUCUCUCCAUGUCCAUCACGUCCCUUUGCUACUCUUGCUUCAUCUCUUCCUUUAGUACCAUUUCCCUCCUCUUUUCUCCCAUUCUCCAUUCUUACCUCCCACUCAGACUCUCCUUUCCCUCCCUUAUUUCUCUCCACUCCUUCUCCUUCACCUCCUGUGACCCCUGCAAACUCCACAAUCCCUCUUUCUCCUCCUCUUUCACCUCCUUUGACUCAUUGUAUUACUUCUCAACCACCCUCUUCUCUUCUUACUUCUUCUUUACCGCCAUGUUCUCCUCUGCAGUCUUUACCUGCCAAUUCUCAAUUCUCAAAAUCUUCCAUCCAUCUCUCCUCUGUCCAUCUUCAGCUUUGCUCUCAUGCCUCCACCCCAUUAUUCUCUCAUAUCGCCUCCUCCAAAUCUCCUUCUCCGCUCUCCUCUCUUCAUCUCUCAACAAUCCCUCCAUCUCUUUGUUCCUCUCCUUUUCCUCCUUCUCAUCCUUCUCUUUAUACCUCCUGCAAGCCUCUUCUACCAACUAUUCCAGCAUCUCCACCCUCUUCUCCUUCUCCUCCUCCUCCUUUUCCCCCUUCCUCUUCAGACUGCUCUCCAUCUCCUGAGAUUGUACCUUCCCCUACUAGGUCUCCUCCAUCCUCCUCUGUAGUUGCCGCUCAGCCCUCUCCAUCCAUCCCUCCAUCCUCUCCCUCUUUUCCUCCUAUCUCCCCACGUUCACAGCCUCGGUCUCCUAAGAUCAAGAAAGUGAUGCAGGAUGCUCUGCAAUCAGGUGGUGACCCAUUCCAAGCUGUGUACAACUAUGUGCCUCGUAACGAGGAUGAGCUGGAGCUAAGGGAAGGGGAUGUUGUUGAUGUCAUCGAGAAAUGUGAUGAUGGCUGGUUUGUGGGUACCUGUCGAAGAACCAGGUUAUUUGGAACGUUCCCAGGAAACUAUGUUAAACCGCUUUAACAAAGAGGAAACAAUGGCACAACCAAGGCCACUCCAGUGCCUACUGUGUAGGGCCAAUGAGGCACCUCACCUUUAAGAAAGUGUGUGUGUCUAGAUGUAUGUGUGUGUUCACAAACAAAACAGUUUUAGCUCUGCCAUUUCUGCACAGAAAAACCACUGACAUUUAUUUUACUUUGAGCAAUUUGAUUUUGUGCCAUCACACAUUCUCCUGGCUGUUUCUUUAUCUGAUAUUCUGACAACAGCACAAUAAUUAAUGUUUUUCUUAUUUUUAAGACAUUAUGUUAUUUUCCAGUAUGAGGUAGUUUAUAGUUAGGAAGGUAAGGAUUCAGACAGCCAUGGUAUUGAGUGAGGUCAUCAGAUCAGUAUAAAUGUGACACUGAGAGGGCUCAGACAUCAGUGUUGGACUGAGUGUGCAUUUAUAUGUACAGUUUUUGUGUUUGCGUGUGUGUGUGUGUGUGUGCGCGCGCGCGCGCGCGCGUGCGUGUUUGUGUGGAGUAAUAGUGUAAGGUUAACAGCAAUAGAGUUCACUGAUAAUAGAUGAUAAUUGGUCCUUUUUUUUUUAAAUGAGCUAAAAUUGAUAUCGUGGACAGUUAUAAAGUAACUGAAAUUUCCAUUCCCCUUGUGUAAUACACAGAGUUUGCUCUUGUGUGGCCAAAAUAAGUACAGGACACAUUACCUGUAUUCACAUUACUUGUAUAGAUAAUGAUACUUUUCCCAUAAAAAAGUUUAUUGUUUAAGUGGCAAUCAUUCAUAUAGGAAAAUGUUCAUAUUAUGAGUGCAUUGUAAUUAUUUGUAUAAGUUGUCACUUGGAAGAAAGUGCACUGACAUUCUGGAAGAUAAAUAUGCUUUUUUGGAAUUUGGUAACAUAAAUAUUUAAUUAACGAACUUGUUUUCUAAUAUUUACUUGAGAAUAUUAUGAGCAUACUGAGUUUUAGAACUGUAAAUCAGCUGUCAGUUAGCCACCUGACAUUUAAACAGUAAUAAACCCAUACAUAAACUAUUAAAUAUAUAAAUAUUUUGCUUGUUUUAGAAAUUAAUGGAAACAAUGUUAAAAUAACAAGGUGAGACUGCUAUAAUGUUUCAUUUUUUUAAACUCAAGUUACCUAAACUCACUAAAUUGGGAACUUGAAGGUCAGUUUUCUCAACAUUCCUGUCACUUUUUUCUUUGAUAGUUUUAUCAUAGUUAUUUCCCUUGAAUUAUGCAACUUCUCUGCCACAUUUCUCAUGAGAUUUACACUUAAAAUGGAUUCAAAUAGCACCAUAGAGAGAGCUGUUUUUAGGUCUUUGAUGAAUGUUAAAGUUAGUUGUAUGCUUGUUUGAUAUUUGAGUCAGUUCACAUUUAAAUUAUGAAGGAUUUGGAUAUCAGUAUUUUCCGCACUAAAUGUAUCACCUGUUUUCUCAUCUGAAAGCAUACAGCUUGUGUUGCAUUGGCUUUUACAUGUACAAAUAUUCAGAAUAUGAAAGUGUGUGUUUGUGUGUGUGUCUCUGAAUUUCACUGACAACAAUCUUAAAGCACCUUAAACAUUUAUUUGUUCUAUUUUUUAUCACAACGUUUGCAUUUUCUAGCUCCACUUCUGUGUUGGCUGACAAAACUUUGUAUGUUCUUUUGUAUUGUAUUUAUAUGAGUUCCACUCGCAUUAUAAAGCCCUUACUUUCUCACUCAG